GUAGCCAUCUGCCACCCACUGAGGUACUCAUCCAUCAUCACUGACCAUUUUGUAGUCAAAGCUGCCAUUUUUAUUUUGGCCAGAAAUGCACUUCUUACUAUGUUCAUUCCCAUCCUCUCUGCCCGGCUCCAUUAUUGUGGAAAAAAGAUAAUUGAAAACUGUAUCUGUGCCAAUCUCUCUGUGUCCAAGCUCUCCUGUGAUAAUAUUGCCCUUAACAGAAUUUACCAGUUAAUUGUGGCCUGGACUCUUCUGGGCUCUGACCUCAGUCUCAUCUUCUUCUCCUAUACCCUCAUCCUACGAGCUGUUUUUAGACUCAAGACAAAAGGGGCAGCUGCCAAAGCUCUGAGCACCUGUGGCUCUCACUUCAUUCUCAUCCUCUUCUUCAGCACCAUCCUGCUGGUGUUUGUUUUUACUCACAUUGCCAAGAAAAAAAUUUCCCCCGAUAUUCCUGUCUUACUUAAUGUGUUACACCAUGUAAUUCCUGCAGCCCUCAACCCCAUUGUCUAUGGG